GAGGGAGGGAGCCAGGGACUCAGGGGAGGGUCGGAGAUGGACGCUGAGGCCGGCGAGGCGGGGAUGCAGCAGCCGGGGGCGGCGUCCACGAGCACCGCGGCGGCGGCGCCGUUCGACAGGUCGUCGUCGCGGCUAGGCGCGCCCGGUGCCGAGAGCUUCGACGGCGCGCUCAGGGAGCUCAAGGAUCUGCGGUCUCAGCUGCACGAAGCGGCGGACUGCUGCGAGAAGGCGUUCCUCAGCACCGACAAGAAGAAGCUGAUUCUGGAGGGGACAAAGGGUUACAUAUGUGACGCGGUGGUAGCUGUGAUUGAUCACUUGGGGACUGUUUCAUCCAAGCUUGAGCACAAGCUGCAGGAGAAGACUGACGUCACACAGACAGAACGAAAGAUCAACUUCUUGAAACAGAGGCUUUUGACAUGUGAACAGUAUGCCAUUUCACUGAAGCUUUUGACUGUACGAGGGGACCCUGAUGCCAUUCAAUAUCAUCGUCGUUACAUCUCACAAUCUACUCAAAGGUCCAAACUAGGAAACGAUGUUGGUUCGAGUAAAAAUGAUCCACAACUUCCGGAAAUUACUGGCCCAAUAGUAUCUGGAGCUACCCUCACUCUCAAGCCAUAUGAUGUUCAGCCAGCCACGGGAAAAGAACAUACCGUGGUAUCAGCAAAUUUUGAGGACAGCCCAAGGACCAUAAGAAGGUCCUUCUCUUUUAGAGCAGAGGAUGUUCACAUUUUUCUAGGUGAUCAGAAAAAGAAGGCCAACCAUGGGAGCACGAGUAACAUCUUGUCAUUUCUCAAGAAAACCAAGCGAUAAGCAUAAGAAUUUUGCUCAAAAAAAGGAUAACAAUCAAUAGCACCAACGUGAUAGAGUAGGAGUAUCUUUUUCCCCUUUUGGAUACAGUGUUUCUUUUGUAGUGCUAUUGGUCCUAACUCCUACGGGUCAUGCAACGUUUUCACUGUUUCACUGUAAGUAGUGAUAUACUUGAAAGUAUUUGUUCAAUGAAUCAUUAGGCUUGUUAUUA